UCUCUGAAUUAAUUUAUACCAAAACCCUAAUUUUUAAAAAUUGUUUCAACAGAAGAACAACUUAUAAAACCAGUUGUCCCUUCCAUGGCUUCUUCUUCUUCUUCUUGAGUUUGGGAAGAGAACGUGUCAAAGUGAAGAGGCUGAAAACAAAAUUUUAUUCUUCCCACAAAAUUCUUCUGAGGAAGUCUUUGAAGUCUUUAUAUUUAGACUGAUUCAUCUUCUUUUAUAUAUAAACAAUUAUAUAUAAGCCAAGAUGGAUCAGAUGUCACCUGAUAACAUCAAUGGACUCAUUUUAGCAGUCUCUUCAAGUAUUUUCAUUGGAUCUAGCUUCAUCAUCAAGAAGAAAGGUCUCAAGAAGGCCGGUGCAAGCGGUGUCCGAGCAGGUGAAGGAGGGCACGGUUACUUAUCUGAACCAUGGUGGUGGGCUGGAAUGAUAACAAUGAUUGUUGGGGAAGUAGCCAACUUUGCAGCCUAUGCAUUUGCACCAGCUAUUCUAGUAACACCUUUGGGAGCUCUAAGUAUUAUAUUCAGCGCAGUGCUCGCGCAUUUCAUUUUGAAAGAGAAACUGCAUAUAUUUGGAGUGCUUGGUUGUGUUCUUUGUGUUGUUGGGUCUGUAACGAUAGUCUUACACGCCCCUCACGAGCAGGAAAUAGAAUCAGUCAAGCAAGUUUGGAAGCUUGCUAUUGAACCAAGUUUUCUUGUGUAUGCUGCUGUGAUUUUGUUUGCGGUGCUUGUACUGAUCUUCUACUGUGAACCGCGCUAUGGGAAGACUCAUUUGAUAGUAUAUGUUGGAAUCUGUUCUUUAAUGGGUUCUCUUACUGUUAUGAGUGUUAAAGCUGUGGCCAUUGCCAUAAAGCUGACAUUCUCAGGGAUGAAUCAGUUCAAAUACUUCCACGCUUGGAUUUUCAUUCUAGUAGUCGCUAUUUGUUGCCUUUUGCAAAUCAAUUACUUGAACAAGGCAUUGGAUACAUUCAACACAGCGGUCAUUUCUCCGGUUUACUACGUCAUGUUCACAACUUUCACCAUUAUAGCUAGUAUGAUCAUGUUCAAGGAUUGGGCUUCUCAGAGUGGAUUAAAGAUCGCGACAGAACUGUGCGGGUUUGUAACCAUUUUGUCAGGGACGUUUCUGCUUCAUAAGACAAAAGAUAUGGGAAACAGUGCAAGUGGUCGUGGAUCUGUCACUCUGCCUAGUAACACUCCUGUUUUCACCAACUCAGGAUCUGGUCGGAGCUCCAGCUCGGAAAAAAUACCCUCCUGAGAGAUUUUUUUGAUCAUCCAACGGUUUGAUCUAACGGUCCAGAUUCUUCCCUGUACGUAAACACGAGCACCUGAAAAAAGAAAUUAGCCUCAAAACACAAGGAUGUGAGUGUUAGUAUGGUGAUGAUUUUGUUAGGAAUGUUUGACUGGUUGCUUUUCUUAUUAUUUUGUUUCACACAUGGUGAUAAUGUAAUUUUA